GGCCAUCGGGGAGUGAGUGUGUUGGUGUUCGAGGCGUCAGUAGACGGGCUGCUGCAAGCAGAGCAGCUGUGCGAGCUCUUUCAGGCGGACGGCAGGGGGCGGCAGGGCUGGAUCCGCCGGACGGCAGCCUCGCUAGUGGACAAAAGUGGCAAGCGAAACCUGUUUGCUUACAUGGCACAGGAGGGUGACGUGGCAGAGUUCAAUAGGCACAGCAAAGGGAAGACGCAGCUGAGAGUGGAGGUGAAGAAGCGGUUCGCAGUGGUGGAUGAGCGGUUGAGAGCGGUGCGAGAACGGGCUGCGCAGGCGCCCAAUCUGGAGGCCACUGUUGCCAUGAUGUCUCAUCGAAUCGUGGCAGGACAAGUGGCAGCGUCUCAGCUCCAGGCGGAGCUAGAGCAGGCCAAGGAAGCCAACAGGAAGCUUCUGGCGAUGCUGGAGGGUGCCUGGCCAAAGUACCCUCCACAGCAGUGGGCAGCUGGUAAAGCAGCCCCAGUCCAGCAGCUGCGGAGUAAAACACAAGUAGUAGUGCAGGAUGGAUGGGGGGACCAAGUAGUUGUGGCGGAUGAAGAGUGUGCAGCUGCUGCAGCUGUAGCAGUGCAGGAUGCGUGGGGAUGCGAAGCAGCUGUGGCGGGCGAAGAUUGCAGUACAGGACAGCAACACACAGAGGAGCAGCAGCGUGUGAGGGAGCAGAAGCAUUUGGACGAGCAGGAGCCCGGGAAGGAAUCGGGGGAGACUAAGAGCCGGCUACAGAUAGAGGAGAGAGCAACUGCAAGGAAUGAGGAGGCUUUUGAGGCACGUCUGGUGGAGGUGGCAUCUGGGUUGGGCGCGAGUGAGCAAGCCUCGCAGUCAAUUGGGAAGGAGCGGGGCGUGAGGGCGUGUCUGGUGAAGGUGCUGUCGCUGUGGCAGGGAGCAGUGGAGGCGGAGCAGAAGCAUUGGAAUGAGCUGCACGGCCUGGAGGCGGCAUUUGACGUGCAGCAGCAGCAGGUGGAGGGGCGGCUGCAGGUGCUGGCAGGGAGGGAGGUGGAGUGGCGGAGGAGGUGGAGAGGGGCAUGCGAGCAGCAGAUUCUAGCCAUGGCUGCUGCUGCUUCUGCUGCUGGUACUGCUGCCACUGAUGGAAACGCUGGGGGAAAUGGGGGAACAGAGGCAGAGAGAGACACUGCAGAUAUCUGGGGCGCGAUCAAGCAUCUAGAGGGAAGCUGCGAGGAUGCAGUGGCGUACAGCCGGGAGGUGCAGAGGCUGCAGCAGGAGCGCCAGAACGCCAAGGCAGAGGCCUUCAGGCACCACAGAGAGAAGGUGCUCGCUCUCGACCGAGCCUUCGAGGCUCAGUGGGCCCAGCUGCUGGCUCGGAAGGAGGCUCAGGUUGGGAUGCCGGAGGGUGAGACUGGGUAUGGCGAGGGGUGGCUUGAUGAGGGCGAAGGUGGGGGAGAAGGGGAGGAGACGGUGUGCGUUAGAGAGGAAAGGUAA